CACUUCUUCCUCUCUCGUAUACUCACCAAGUCAUAUUUUUUCUUUCGAUGGAAAUAUACCUUGGUGUGUUUAAGGGGGUGGAAGCAUUCCAAAAAAUGUGGCUUUCGCAGAUGAUUUUGGAAGGUCAAUAAAGCAAAGUCGCAGCAGGGGAGAGACGUUCAGUAAUAACGGAGCAAAUUAUUCGUUUUUAAUGCUCUUGAUGACCAUUUUGGUCAUUACUUUUAUAGCUUGAAAGUACACGGUGGACGCCUUUAUUGCAUUUAGAGGCAUUUAAAAAGCGCUAAUAGUACAAACAAAAAUUAGGUGAGCUGCAAAAGGAGCUAUGUGUUAAACAUUGUUUGGACAAAGGUGAAAAUGUGAUUUUGUGUCAAAAUGUGAGUGUGCAUAUUUUGUUAAAAUGUUAUGUUGCGUAAUGGCCUAAAAAUGACACUAUAUUUAAUUUUUUUUUUUUUUUUUUUUGCUGUUCGUCCUCAUGUAUUUCUCCAUAGACGUCAGACGUACAGGAUUCACUGAGGAAGUCUUAAUAGCACUUUUGGGGUAUGUUGAAUGUGUGAGCGUGUGCGUGUGCGCGCGCGGGUGUUGGGGGCGUUCUCGCCUGACAUCCUCAAACAAUACGAGAAAGAGGAGCGCACGAAUCCGCGCGCCCUAAGCUUGGGGUCCUUCCUCGUAAUAGUGAGAGUCAUCCAUUCUUAAAAACACACUUUUUUCGGGUGGGGGUCUCUUCUCAGAGUGGCGCGCGGUCGGGAGGAUAAAGAUGUAAAUAAAAGUGGCACGGCUGAGUGAGGCAGCAGCAGCAGCAGACUUUUUGGAUCAAUCAGGCAGUCAGUGGCUUCUUUUGAUUAAAGCCCAAAUUGUCAUUGGGCAGAGGUAAUCAUGUGACAGGCAACUCGGUCCAAUUUCAACCUUGUCUCCAUGAAUUCAAUAGUUUCAUAGUAGCUCGGUCUCCACACGGCCGUAAUCACAGAAAUAGGAAGAAGAAGCCAUCACAUGGAGAUUUUUUGAAUGAUUUUCGUCUUCGCUUGGCCGUUGGGUUCGUCGACAAUAACGCGUGCAAACUUUCCUGGGCUCGCAGGGAGAGGAGAUGAAUUACGAAUUCGAGCGAGAGAGCGGAUUUAUCAAUAGUCAGCCGUCGCUUGCUGAGUGCCUGACAUCUUUCCCCCCUGUCGCUGAUUCAUUUCAAAGUUCAUCAAUCAAGAGCUCGACACUGAUUCCUCCUCCCUUCGAGCAGACCAUCCCCAGCCUCAACCCGGGCAGCCAUCCGCGCCACGGCCGCCCGAGACACAGCCCCGACGGAUGCAGCCCGCUGCCCACCGCCUCACUGCCUCCGGAGUACCCGUGGAUGCGGGAGAAGAAAGCCUCCAAGCGGAACCACCUGCCCACGUCCUCCGCAACCACUUUAUCUACUAAUGGGCCCGUUUGCUUCUCCCCAAAAGGCUCGCCUGAGGUCGCGGAAGGCGGAGGGAUAAGCGGCGGCUCGCGCCGGCUGAGGACAGCCUACACUAACACGCAGUUGCUGGAGCUGGAGAAGGAAUUCCACUUCAACAAGUAUUUGUGCCGACCCAGGAGGGUGGAGAUCGCGGCCCUGCUCGAUCUGACCGAGCGGCAGGUCAAAGUGUGGUUCCAGAACCGGCGAAUGAAACACAAGCGGCAGACGCAGAGCAAGGAGAACCACAACGGGGACGCGGGCAAGGGUCCCGGCGGCGGGGAGGACGGAAUGCACAGCGACGAUGACGACGAGGGUCCCCCGUACGAGCAAAGCGGGGCCCUGUUGGAGAGAGACACUUUCUCCUUUCACAACAACAAUCUGGAAUCCGCGCAGCAGGUCCACAAUAGCAGCUCGGUGAGCUUUGCUGCUGCACCGCUGAACAGCAAUGAGAAAAAUCUGAAACAUUUUCCCAACCCGUCACCCACUGUUCCGGGCUGCGUGUCAACAAUGGGCCCAGGCUCGGCAUCCGUGCCGGACAAUGGCGACAGUCCCCCAGCUUUGGAUGUUUCUAUACACGACUUCCAAGCUUUCUCGUCGGAUUCCUGCUUGCAACUCUCCGACGCUGCCUCGCCGAGCUUGUCUGAAUCGCUGGACAGUCCCGUGGACAUUGCUGCAGAUACUUUCUAUUUUUUCUCGGAAUCUCUAACAACAAUCGACCUGCAAAAUCUCAAUUAUUAACACAAAUCAAUCAUGACUACUUUUUAUUUUCGGGCUUAACUCACGUCUUUGUAUAUUCGGCGCGCAUUUUAUGGGACGGUAAGGAUGAACGUAAAUCACGGAUGAGGACUGUAACGACCAUAAAAAAAUUCUUUUUUUUUUUUUUUUUUUUUUUUUUUCGGACGAAAACUGUUAUGGAUGUGUGUGAAAUUUCAACAAUAUCCGGCCUAUAUGGAAACUGGUCAUUUUUAUUUUUGUAUAGCUUCCAAUGUCUUGACUAUUUUUGUUAGAAUACAAUUAACUUGCUACAAUCUUU